AUGGUCAGUUCAAGGCUCCUGGUUAAGAAGAAUUCCAGUCCUAGGCCGACGGACUCCGCAGCUCCUUUUCAACUCUGUAUAUGCAAUUUUUAUCAUGCAGCAGUCGAGUGUAGUAUAGCAGGCUGUGUAGCUGUGGUUCACACAACCGUUCCAGAGAACAGCAAGAAAGGUCGAAAAGACGUUCUUCUGCGGCUGAAAGAUCCCGACGGCGAACUGUUGUCAGAGGUCAAAGUACCGUGGCCGGAUGGAGAGCCCGAUCCGUGCGAGAUCACAUAUCUCGAUUCGGAGGAAUGCGUGAGGCUGACGAACAAUGCUACUUUUGCUAAUGUCCCAUUACGCAUAUCUAGACUGCAUGAAGUGGUUGCUAAUCGACGGCAAACAAAAAUUCCUAAACGGUUUUCAAGUUUUUCAAGUACUCCUUGCCCACUGGAAGAUGCUGGUCAAAAGAAGCUUCAUGCUGCCUUGAAAGAUUUUGUAAAAGAGCCUGUGAGUCACUUGAAGCUCUCACAAAUAACUAUCUGGCGCUGCUCGCUGCUUAGAGGGCGAUCUUUCGUUAUUUUUUGUCGGUGGUUCCUCUUGGUUUGA